AUGAAAUUAAAUAUUUCAGGAACAUCUAUUAAUACUAAAUCAUCACUUAAUACUAAGAAAGAAUAGGAUAUAAAGAAUCAAAAGCAGAAUGAUGAUUAUCUCUUUUUUGAUCUAACAGAAUUUUAGACAUCUGAUUCAAACACACCAUUAAGUAUUUAACUGAAAGAAACUAAUUCUACUAAUUAAUAAUAAAAUAAACAUUUCUUCCCUUCUAAAGCAAUUUUAUCAGAAAACAAAUUACCUCCCUUAAAUUCAAGGUAUCAUUUAGUAUAAGAAAUAUCAAGAGAGUAAAUUAUAAAAAAAAAAUUAUUUAAAGAAAAUUAUUCUGUUAUUUCUUUACCUUCAACAUCAUCAUUAUAUUCAUUAAAAAGUUAAUCAAUAGAUUAUUAAAAAUUAGGAUAAGAAAUCAUUAAUGCUCCUAAUUCUUAAGAUUAUUAUAAAUUUUAUAAACAUUCAAAAAAGUGUAUGGACAUUUAAUCAUACAAUGAAACACCUAAUAAUAUUUAUGUAAAUUUGAAUAAGGCUAUGGAAUAAGAAUAGUGUAUGCCUAGAAAAAUGUAAAUAAUUGACAAUCAUAAUAAAAAAGAAAUUAGUGUAUCUGGAUAAUUAAGUAGUCAACAAUAUAUUAAAAUGUUUGCCUCAGGAUUAGGAUCAUCUACAUUUAAUUAAUUAGAAAGACUUAAUAUUAGUUCUAAUAAUCUUAAUAAUGAAGAUUUGGAAAUUAUAUUGGCUUAAUUACCUAAGAGUGUCUAAUAUUUGGAUUUUAAAAAUAAUAAGAUCUCUAAAAAUGGUUGUUUAUAUCUUUAGAAAUUGCUAUUAAAAUAGCAUCAGUUUGUUAUUGAACUUAAUUUAGAAAACAAUCAAAUAGGAGAUUAAGGUUUAAAGUACUUAAUUGAUUCAUUAUUAAAUAAUAAAUGUCUAAGAGUUCUUAAUUUAUCACAUAAUUAAAUAUAGGACUAAGUAAUGGAACCAUUUGGAAAAAUGAUGAAAAAAGUAUUAUAAUAUAUAAUAAUAAUAGAAUAAUAUAAUAUAAGAGUUAUAUUUACAUUACAAUAAAAUAACAUAUAAAGGAGGUUUCUUCUUUUUUAAAGGAUUAAGCAAGAAUACUGUAUUAAAAGUCUUGGAUAUUUCUUUUAAUAAAUUAGGAGGAAAUAAGGAUUGCACAAAUGAAAUUUGUAAUUUGAUUGGAAGACCACAUCCUGAAUUGAUUCACUUAGAUUUAUCGCAUAAUGAUUUCAAAGAAGGAGAUUCUUAAAAAAUAGCAAAUGAAUUAGAAUUUAAUAAGAUUAUUUAUGGAUUUCAUUUUGAAGGCAAUUCAAAUUAUGAAAUUAAUCAUAAAGGAUAUUUAAGAGAACAAAAAAAUAAAAAAUUGAUAACAGAAUCAUAAUAAGAUGAGAUUAAUAUUGAAGAAUUAGAUAAGAAAUAACUUGAAUUACAAAUGUAAUAAAUGGAAUAGCAAACUUAAAAAAAAAAGAAUGAAUUUAUUAGAAUUUAAAGUGUAGAUAUCAUUAAUUUAUAAUUGGAAAAUUGUUGGAUAUGUUAAGGUUGGGUAGAAGUCAUGUUUUUAUGGAAACCACAUAAAUCAGGACUUUUAGAUGAAGAUCCAAUUUUUAUCCAUCUAGAAUUCGAAGAUUACUUACCUUCUCUAAUGUAAAAAACAACUGAUGGAUAUUUCAUAUUAUAUAGAAUGUGUCCACCUAAUUAAACUAUUAGAUAUUUUUUUAGUAAUCCAGUUGAAAAUGUUUAAGUAUAUGCUAAAGAUUAAAAAACAAUCUAAACUUAGAUUCAUUCAUAAUUGAGAAAUUUUGGAGUACAAAUGGAAUAUUCAAAUGGUAAAAUUUUAUAAAGUUAACCUUUACAUACAGUUAAUAUGAUUCAAACUACAUAAUCUACACCAAUCUUUGAUAAAAAGAAGCAUUAUUUAGCCAAUAUAUAAUGUAAACCAAGAGAACCUGAAAAAAUAGUAGAAUUUGAUAUUGAAUUAGCUAAAAAAAGAAAAUGGACUUUGGAUAAUUCUAUUUUUAAAGAUUUUGAUGAAGAUACAGAAGCACAUCUAGAAUAAUGUUUAGAAGCUGAUCUAGAAAAUAGUAAAAUAUUUAAGCAUCUUAUUAAUAACAAUGAAAUCAAUCCUUUAAAAGUAAAUAUUAAUUAAAUUAUCUUAGGAAUAAUUAAAGAAACAUUAUAAAUACAUAAUUUCUUGCUAUAAAUACUUAACAUCAUAGUAGUGUGAAUAAGACUUUCCAAGAAUUAACAUUUAAACCAUAUAAGGUUUCUAUUAUUAAUCGAAAAACAAUCAAUUAAUUAAAUAAGUAGAUUGGGAAAUAUGUUUAAUUAGUACUAUAGUUAUUAAAGAUCUUAAAUCAAACUUUAUUUAAGAAAGAGCAUUAGUUAGACAUUAAUUUUUAGAGUUAUUAAUAAGAUUAGCAAAAGAAACAUAUGUUAAAUAAGGAAACUGUUCUAAUAUAAGUCAAGGAUUUGAGAAAAUGAUGUAAGCUUAAACUGGUUAAUUUGGCUUUAUUUUAGAUUAUGGUUGUGCUUAAUAAUGGAGAGAUGAAAGAUAUUGGACAUAAAUUAUGGAUAUGACAAUAAGAUUCAAAUUACCAUUCCUUAAAUAAUUAUUUACUUAUACAUCUUGUUUUUCAAAUAAGCCAUAUGCUAAAGAAAAAUUUGUAUCUUUUUAAGACUUUAAAAUUUUACUCCAAAAUUCUGAUUUUUUUCCUAAUUAUAUAAAUGAAUAAUAACUCUAUUAUGUGUAUUUACAGUCUAUUAUGAUGUAAGUUGAUGAAAUUACUUAAAAGAGACAUUUUGAAAUGCAAUUUAUUGAAUUUAUAGAAGCAUUAGCAAGAAUUGCAGAAUUUAUAUCUCCAAAUUCAAACAAUUAUUAAAUUAAAUAAUUAAAUGCUAAACAAAGAAGAACUUUACCAUUAUAUAUAAAAUUUGAAGGUAAUAUUAUAUUAAAAAUAUGAAAGGUCUAUUAUAUAUAUUAUUCUAUAGAAUAAAAAGAAUAGAUGUAGACAUUAAUGUAAUUGAAAAAAGUGUUAUAAAGAGUCAUGAAAUUAAGAAAUUAGGAAUAUUUAUUGAAGAUAAUUAUAGCAGCAGUAGUAGUGGCGAAGAAGAUAAUGAAAUCUCGAAUUUAAGAUUAUCUUAUACAGAUCCAUAAAACAUUAUUAAUAGAAUGCUUUUUGAUGAUGAAUGUAGAGUAAGUUUUAAGGAUACAAUGAGUAACUAAAGUAGUGGAAAGAAGAGAAAAAAUUCUCUUUAAAAAUAAGACUCAAUCACAUUAAAAAGAAGUGUUUUAAGAAGAAAUACUUUUUAAAAUUAAUUAUAAUAAAUAAAAAUUGCUUAAUUAGAAAAUGAAAUGGCUGAAUUAGCUGAGUAUGAAGAAAGUACACCUUUGAAUAAAUUAAGAAUUUAAAAUCGUAAGAUUACAAGAUCAAAAUAUGAAAUAGUACUUUGA